CCUCAUUGCCCUCAUAGCACCUCCCCCUGCUCGCUUGCUGUCUCGUCGCUUCUGCGCUGCCGCUGGUCGUGUCGAAAGUAUAGAUCAUAUCCUCGUCGGGGUUCCAUCGCCAGCUCGCGCCGCGGCGGCAUGGCCGGUGCUCUCUGCCGGUGGCUGCUUGUCAACGGCGUUGGCAUCAGCGCCGUUGUCUGUGGCAGUCGAGCAAGACGGCGCCUGGAUGGCGACCCAUAGAGCAGGCUUCUCGCUGUCGCAUAUGUGGCAGCCGCAUCCUCGGUAUCUGCAGGCAUGCGUCCGCAUUGAACCCCAACCCCGACUGACCCGACUCGCUCGAUUCUCAAUCCAAUCCAACAGCAGUGUAGCAAUGGCUUCCAAAGUUUUGUUUAACCGUGUCGCUCUGCGCCGGGCUGCCUCCACUCCUGUCCGCUCCUCCCACACCCUCACUGUCCCCUACACCCACAACCCCAUCACCCCUUUCGCCAACGGUGUCCCCACCGAGCAAGUUCGCGAGCUCAACGCUACCGAGAAGAACUGGGACUUCUGGACCACCAGCGAUGCUUUCCGUGGCUAUGGCUCCUCGAUUGCUGGCUUGACCCACGUUCCCCCCGGAGAGGUCUGGGUUCUCUCCAAUGGCAAGGCUGUCAAGGAGGGCAUGAGCUUCCUCCUGCCCUUCGUCAGCAAGGUCCAGGCCGUCAAGAACAGUGAUCCCGUCGCCAUGGGUGUCCUUUCUGACGGUGUCGUCUCCAAGGAUGGCCAUGCUGUCAACGUCUACAGUGUUUUCCACAUCCAGGUCACCGACUUCUCCAAGUCUGCUCUGUACGUCGACCCUGAGAGCAACAAGCUCGACUCUGAGCGCGCCGCCGCCAAGCUCGUUGUCCGUACCCUGGAGGCCGAGAUCCCCAAGCUCACCGUCGGUGCCGACCGCCAGAUCUCUGCCGCCGACAGCGCCAACCUUGCCGAGAAGAUCGUUGCUGCCCUGAAGGCCAGAUCCGAGGAGUUUGGUCUGGAAGUUCUUGGUGCCGAGAUCCGCGGUGCUUUUGACCCCUCCGAGAAGGUCUCCGAUAAGCUCCGUGCUCUGUCUCCCUCCCUUCUCUCCGAGGACUCCCCGAUAGAUGGUCUGAAGGCCGACUACUGGGCCGAGCUCCUGUCCCCUCCCUUCUUCGAGAAGCGCACUUUCGGCAGCGAGAAGAUUGCCCGCACUCCCGCUACUGUUUCACUCGAGUGGUGUAUCCCCAGCCCUCCCGACUACCAUCACUUCAACCAGGUACGUGUUUGUGUUCCGGAGUAAGAGUGGGACAACCAUACCGUUGUGUCGGCAGCUGUGUUCUUUGCGCGCCUCAUCCAAUCUGCCAGGCACGACCGACGAGAAUGUUGCUGACGAGAUGCUGUGUUCUUGGCCCUGCAGGUCCCGCGAAUGGUCGCU